AUGCCUCCCAAAGCAUCCAAGCGAGCUACUCCAAGUAGCCAGAAUACCCCUUCAAAGUCGAAUGCUGGAAAUUCGAACACUACUUCCCAGGCCACAAAGACUGCGAAUGAUUCAACGAAAGCCUCUUCUGGUCCCAAAAAGUCACUCCUGGAAAUGGUGCAGAUUGUCGCCAAGUGCAUACUACUUGCACUUGGCCUCACGUUGGCUAGCAUCUCAUUCCAAGAGGUUUUACAUCCUCUUUAUGGAUCUAUAGCAACCUCCUUUCAUUACCGGAAAUUAACGCUAUUCUCAGUCAUGGCCUCUCUGCUCCUCGGUAUGACUGGCCUGGGUGAAAGGGGCGCUUUGAUUUGGCAGUCCAGUAUGGGGGCCCAUUGUGACGCAGCUGUUUAUAGCGGCUCCAGUCUGGUGUUUAUCGGCAUUCCUGCUCUCACGUUGGAUGACCUCUCUCUCGGCACAGUCUCCAACAGUCCGGCCGUUUCUCCACCAGUAGUUGCAUUCCAAUUGUGGACAUUAGUUGGAGCCCUGGAGCCAGUAGUAUUUACCCAAAUUCACACUCGUAUACGCCCCACCUCGAUUUUGAUUCACCUAAGUUCUGCAGCCGCGAUCUCGUGCGCGACUUCUUAUAUCUCGUAUCUCAACCACUACACGACUGUUACUCCUUCGGCAGGAACACCCCGACCCCCUCCUGCUACAUGGCGCUCAUAUCUUCCGCUCGUAAUCCCACUGAUAUUGGUUCAAGCAUCUAAAAGAACCUCCCCACAUGUGAUCCCAACAGAACCGUGGACAUCCCCUGGCGGCAGCGUCCGAGUUCUGGCUCGUACAGAUAGCACCACAGGUGUGGUCGUAGUUGCGGAAAACCUGAUUGAUAAAUUUAGGUAUUUACGAUGCGACCACUCUUUGCUUGGCGGAAUGUGGAUUGCCGGUAGUCGUAGUCCCUUAAAUACCCAUGGCUUAGGAGAUAGUAUCUAUACCGCGUUCGUUCUACAAGAAGCGAUCAGGAUAGUGGAACGCCCAGAUAGUCGCAAAGAACAGGAUCGUUCCUUGAUCAUCGGUCUUGGAGUGGGAGUUGCUGCAGGCGCCCUCCAAUCGCACGGCUCCUCCGUCACGGUAGUAGAAAUUGAUCCUGCGGUCUAUAAUUAUGCCCGCGAAUAUUUUGGACUUCCCGAACCGAAUGGUGGGGUUUUCCUAGAGGAUGCACGAGGCUGGGUCGAUAGGCGCGCAAGAACGGUCACUGAUGGCCAUUACACUGAACCCGGAAAUGCAACGCAAGUCCUCCAAGGGGCGACCAGCACCCGAGAAGAUUUGUUCGAUUACAUCAUCCAUGAUUGUUUCUCCGGGGGAAGUGUGCCUACCUUCCUAUUUUCCACUGGCUUUUUUGAGGGAGUCAAAAGACUCUUGAAGACAGAUGGAGUUUUAGCAGUGAACUUUGCUGGGAAACUGGGCUCGGAUCCUGCCCAUGCUAUUUUGAACACACUCCUGAGCGUAUUUGAUAGUUGCCGUGUGUUCCACGACAAAGUUGUCUAUGAGCCCGGCAAGGAGCCUGAAUCAGGAGAACAUGACGACUUCUUAAAUAUGGUCUACUUCUGUAACAAUGCCCCAGCACUUAAAUUCAGAGACCCCGUAGAAAAAGAUUUUCUGGGCUCCUUCUUGCGCCAGCACAUUUUGACCACCAUGGACCGACGUGAAGUUACCUUUGAUCAUAUCCGUGGUAAUGCAACCGCACCAGUUGGAAAGCCUUUGCCGAACGUUGAGGGUGAGGCGCGUUGGGUACUCAAGGACGGAGACCAACGUCUAGGAGAGUGGCAAAAGGCUACCGGAUUAGAACACUGGAAAGUUAUGCGCCAUGUUAUGGCGGACGAGAUUUGGGAGUCUUAUUGA